AUGAUUCCCUCCAACAUGAAGCUUCCCAUCGUCACCUCUUUCACCCUCCUCCUCACCCUCGUCUUCCUCACAAGCACAACGACCGUCAUCUCUGCGCCCAUAGAGAUCGUCAAGCCUACCUACAACAACAGGAUCAUCUUCAUCCGCCAUGCCGAGAAGGGAUUUACCCCUGAGGACGGGCUUGGCAGUGACGAAAGAUUGCCGCCGCCUCCUCCCAGAUAUGGAUGGUUAGGAUGGCUUUGGAAUCACCCUCCUUGGGGUCCUCCCGGAGGGCCGAGGGGUGGUAAGGGCAAGCGAAAAUUCCCUAGUGGACUGAGUGCUAUUGGCAAAGAGCGGGCUCAAUUCCUCAGAACGCUCUUCGGCAAUGAGUCUGAUUACGACUUUGGACUUAUCUUUGCCGCUCCUCUAGAUGGAGACAAGAAAGAGACGGAGAGGACAUACGCGACUGUUGCGCCUUUGGCGGGGGAUCUUGGUCUCGAGGUCUACAUUGACUGUGCCAAUGCUGAAGCCAGCUGUGUCAAGAAGAAGGUCGAGGAGUUUGCUGCUACUUCUGAUAAAGACAUUCUGAUUAGCUGGAAACACCGUGACUUGAACGUCAUUGCUACCGCUCUCGGUGCCCCCAACGCCAAGAACCACUACCCCGAUGACCGCUACGACAUCAUCUGGAUUAUGCACGGCGGCGCUAUCGUCGAGAAGCGCUCUCAACACUGUCCCGUCAUCGACGAUGGACGAGUCGACGAAGGGGAUCCUGACCUUGUCGUUGAGAAGCCGCGCAGGUCGAUCCUGUCGUGGGUGUGGGCGGCUUGGACGGCGCAGAGGCAGUUGGUCAUCCAGGAUAGUGCUUUCUCUGGUUGA